AUGGCGCGCCAACGAAUGACGCUGACAUUGGCAGCAGUGAAGCCCGCGCACGAUUCCACCAUUUUCGGUAGUCAAAACGCCUCCACUUCACCUGCACUCGCGCCGCGCGCAAACUCAAGUCCUGAUUGGUCGACUGCCUCCACGCGUCCGCGGCUUCCGCAUUCCACCAUGGAGGCGUUGUCUAAACUGGUGAGUCCUGUCCUGUCCUGUCUUGUUUUCCAUCCGAAUGGAGCAUCGUCGUCGUUGUCGUUGUCGUGUACGGACGCGCGUCUCUCUUGUGGAGAAGCGAUCCUGGAACGGCGACGGCUAGUGCCAACAUGUUGGCGUUGCAGCCCGCAGUUGGGCUUCGGUUCGUCCGUGUGUCGUCCGCCAUCGUCGAACGGCCACACACCGCUGGGGUUCCACGACUUCGCUGCGGCGGCCGCCGCGGUCUCUGCACCCGCGUAUCACCAUCAUCACCACCACCAUCACGACGCCGUCGGCAGCCUUCCCACGCCGCCCCCUCUCCUGCCAUUGGCCACUGACAGCGUCGACGUCAGCGGUGGCGGGGGAGGUGCCCUGUUGGGUGGAAGUGGUCUGCUCAACGUGAAGAUGAGUCCAGGCGGAGGCAGCGGCGGUGGGGGAGGCGAAUUGGAAGGCAAAAUGGGCCUCCCUGAGCACCAACCGCCACCCAAAAAGCUCUUCUCCGAUGACAUUCCUGUGCUCGACCCGUUCCCGGGCUACUACGGCUUCGACCUCUACCACCCACUUUGCGAGGACGCGUAUGACUCCAUGGAGACGAAACCCAGCACCGCCUACUUCUUCUUCAAGGACGACCAAGGCUGGACGAACUUGUACGCGAAGAAGGCUCCGACAUGGUGGACCUUAUCCUACUGGUGUCAACGACAGCCGCCUGAGGGGUGUCUCAUUCGUCUCACGCCUGUCUACGGAACCUCCGACAAACAGCAGGAGGUCAUCCAAAGGUGUCUGGAGGACUUCAUGACCUCACCGACCCCGGGCAUCUCGCGCUACAGCAUGAUUCUCGUGGGCAACUCCAACGCAGAGUACUUCUACGACCCGCUAACAGAGCGCCUCUGUGUCACCCUGCCCUACGAGCGUCCCAAAGAAGGCUGCGAGUACAGCCAAUUCAACGGCAAAUUCACCUGCUUCAACAGCUGCCUCUACAACGGGGGUCAGGGCAACAAGAAGCCUCUCUACCUCAUCAUCACGCUGGAGCGGCCAAUGAAGAAUGGUUUUGUUGUUUUCGUCAGCGGUACUGCCACGGAGGGUCCGUGGGAGGUAUUGGGUCGGCAGUGCCUCAAGUUUCGGAGUUGCGCCUGUCCGAAGCGAGAUAAGGACAACAACGAACGACGCAUGGCUCAGGACCUGAACGAUGGAUCUCUCCUCUCGGGUGGUCUACCAAGUUCCAAGCGUCGGCGUGAUGGCGCAUCACAGAGAGCCGCGCGAGUGAACCGAAGCAAGGGUUUCACGCCAGCGGGCGAUCGCAUCGGUACACCGCAGUUUUUCCAACACGAAGACGUCUCCUCCAUCGCGGGCUACGACGACCUCGUCCAAAUCGACGGAGAGUCCUUCCACCUCAUUCUGAUGCCUGCCUACCUGCCCGGAGGCGCGAACACUCUGCGCCAGAUCCGUUCCGCCCUGCUGAAGGUCUUCCAGACGGCGCGUGGGGGUGAAGAGGAGCGCAAGACGCACGAGAGCGUCGCCUCUGGCUACAGUGCCGAGAGGCACGAGGAGUUGUUACAGGCUCUCAAUUCAAUCGAAGGACGCACCGCAACGCUAUUGCGCGAUCUUCAGACGUCGACUGGUUUCAUAAAUCCGAACAACUGUUCAUCAGACUCCCAGCCCAAUUCGUCGACUUCGCAAACCUUCCCUGGUCCGAAUGGUGGAUCGGCCGGAGCAAUUGACCUCAUUGGAAGCUCAACCCUCGACCUCCUGGCUUACGACCACCUACAUUCGCAGCAUCUCCUCAAACCCGAAGGCAGCUUCUUGCAGCCCUUUUCCACACAGACCAACGACUACCACCGCAGAAUGAGUUACCCCUCCACCGGAGCCACUUCCCUCGACACCCACCAGCAGCGAGUCGGCGGAUGCUUCGACGGAGGAAGCGGAGGUGGCGACCUGUCCGCCUUCAACGGAAGCAUGGAGUCCUCAGCUGCAGCCUACGCUACAAUGCCUUCGGCGUUCCAGUCGUUCCGAGACAAUGGCGGAAUGCACUACCAGCCGAACGUCUUCAUAACCACCUCCCAGACGACGGGGCACUCGGCUGCUUCGGUCGCGGUAUCUCAUGACACCGACGGGACCAUUGUCUCGGUGUUCGGCGGCGGCGGCGGCAGCACUGCCUCACAAGGCGGGAAGCUGUUUAAUGAAGUUACCGACGGCAGGCAACAACAGCAACAGCAACAUCAGACAACCGCAACGUCCACUGCGACCGACGUCUCGAUGUUAGAAUCAUGCCGUCUCCUUUCUGCUGGGGUCCAGUGCUUAAUCCUCUUCCUCUUGUCCCUUAAUCGGGAGUUCAGAUCACUCGACUACAAUGUAGAGGUGCUCAACAGUGCACAGCGAGGUUACUUGGUGCCAGGCUUACCAAUCAUGUCUCGACGGUUCACUCCCUACCGCACCGGCACUCAUGUCUGA